AUGUCUUCUCCCGUCGACAACUCCGUCUUCCUCUCCCUCGCCCCCACCACCUCGUCCUCCUACCCCUUCAGACAGCAGCAGCAGGCCGCCGCCGCCGUCACCGCCACCACCACCACCGAGCCGGCGCCCCUCAAACGCCGCACCUCGAGCAUGAGCAGCGACGGCAGCAACGGCCUCCGCUUCCUCAAGCUCGGUCCCGUCCACUACGGCGAGCACCCCGACGAGCACAAGUCUGACUGGCACCCUGCUCUUCUCGGCUAG